AUGUCUUUGUUUCACACUAUUUCUUCUAAAUUAGUAUCCUCUUCUUUAUUAGUUCCUAACUAUAAAAGUGUCAUCACUCGUUUUGGAACUCCAUUAUUGAUUAUAAAUGAUAAUAAUGACGGAUUUUUGAAUUUUCUAGGUAAAUUAUAUACCAAAGAACAUGAAUGGAUAGUUGUUAAAGAUAAUUCAGGGACUGUUGGAAUCACAGAAUAUGCACAAAAGGCACUUGGUGACGUAGUUUACGUUGAAGUACGUGAUGUAGGAACUAUUGUUGAAAAGUCUGGACUUUGUGGAGCUAUAGAAAGUGUUAAAGCAGCUAAUGAUAUUUAUGCUCCAGUUAGUGGAGAAAUUAUUGAUGUUAAUAAAAGGUUAGAAAAGGAACCUGGAUUAAUAAACGAAAGCCCCGAAGAUGAAGGUUGGUUAUGUAAAAUUGAAUUAUCCAAGACAUCUGAACUAGAAGAUUUGUUAGAUGAAAAAGCAUAUAAAGCUCAUUGUGAAAAAUCACAAUAG